AUGUCCUUUUAAUGUUUUAUAAAAAGCAGAACAAACAUUUAAGAUCAUUUGAACUUUCUUUAGGCGCAUACUUGAUUACUUUUAUAUAAAUAUAAUUGACCUCUAUCACUGCAUUCCGUGUUAAUAUCCUCACAACUUCCAUUGCUACGUGAUGUUUUGUAUCUUUGGUUAUCCAUUUCAUAGUAUUUUGUAUUUCAUAAUAUUUACACCAGCACGCAUUUAAGUUUCUAUUAAAUUUUAUAUAAAAACUUAAUUUUCUGUGAAUUUGUUGCAGAACUGGAAAAAGAAACAAAACACAGGCCAAUAACAGCUUCCUGUUGCUAGAGCCAGAGCCUUGAACAAGCGUUUUCCCACUAGUGACACUCAGUGGUUUUAACAAGUACAGGCAGUCAAGUGACCCAUUGAGAUGCAUUUCUUAUGAAAGCAGUACUAAAAUUGGAUUCGUCCUGCAAAACAUGCACUAUGAAAUGUCAAGAAUGUGAGGAAAAGUUAUGUGUUUGUUUGAUGUUUGUAGUUCUUCAGUGUAGCACAGCUACAGUGGUGGAUCCAGGUUUUCACACUGGAAAUUGUGACCUUUCUUAGCACAACAACAGAUCACUACUAGACUCCCAUUGUGUGAUGAAAUCUCACCUAUUAACAUGUUAAUGAGUGGGCAGUAAUUAUUACUACACCUUUAGCGUGCAUGUUUCCUCCCGUUGCAUGACGGUGUCUAGUUCUACCUACUGAAACUGAAGGAAAACUAAUUUUAUUAUGUCAACGUUAACGUAACAGCCUGAGAAAGAAAAAUAAAUAAAUAAAUAACCUCCUUACUACUUCCAUAUUCCUUCUGAUGUUAUCUACUGUGCAACCUCAUCAUCAUAAGAUAGCCUCCACAGGGGGAAAAAUCCUGAUCUGUUAUUACUGUUAUAUGUAAUCACUCCCAAAGUCUGUGUCACUGCCCCUCUGUGGGUUAUGAAGGUAUUGCAGGGGGGGCUGCAAAUUUAAAGGACUUAAAUUUUGAGUUUUAUUUUUAAGCUUCAUAAUUGUAAGAAAUGAAGGAUAUGUUUUGUUUCUUACGGUUGCUUAAUGUAGUUGUUUAUGUAGACACUUUGGGGAUUUUAUAGAUAAUUAGUAUGUAUGGAGUACUUUGUUUUCAUCCAUCCAUCCAUCUACCGCUUUAUCCUCCACAUGAGGGUCACUACCCUGAAAUUGUGUAAGUUGUGAACAGUUACUUUGACUAAAUCAAGAGUAAACACAAGCUUAGCUCAGUAAAAUAAGCUUAAGGCAAAAAGUUACAUCACCUUGCCCUUUUUAAGGCAAACAGUUUCCUAGAUGACCUUAGACUUGACUUGAAAUAAAUAAGAUAUUAUUUAAGGUUUUGCGGAAGUUUGGGAAUGGCUACAGUAAUAUAUUUCUGAGUAAUGUGUUACUGCCCAACACUGUCUGUAUGUGUGCAUGUGGAUGUGUGUUUAUUGCACUCCUCCCCAUCAGGCCUAUUUCCCAGUAUCAUAGGAAUGCAGGCACUACUAGUGUAUAAUGUCCUACUUCCUUUACAGCACAGUAUAACUUUCUAUCACCAAGAUGGGAUUUUCUAUACAGCACUUUAUAAUUUCUUUUAAGGACACCUUUUGGGAACUUCAUAACGUCGCCCUUUUUGAUUGGAAGGUCACCCCGAGGGCACUGCAUCACUAGAAAGGCACUCCUCAAUCCAUUUUUUAAAUUUAUAUGUCGUUUUAGAGGCCACAAAUAAAUGGCAGGCAGUAGGGCACUCUCUCACCACCGUUUCACACCACUGCUGCUAGGGCAUCAGCAGCAGCAGAGGAUCAAAGUUCCUGUGUAUUGGGUAAAUACACAAAGGAGGUCUGGCUGAGGUCAGCCACCCACACUCUAAAUAUUCCCAAUGCACAAAUAUACCAAUUACCACAGCUGAUUGAAAUACACACUUUUCUAAAUUUCUUUGAGUCAUUUUCAUAUUAUAACCACCAACAAAUCAAACUUUUCCUUCCUUCACUUUAUACGUCCUCGUCUUUGCUACCUGCUCACUGGAUCUUCUUGAGUAAACUUCCCAUUAUUCACAAUCACUCAUCAAUAACUUACUUUGGACAUUGCCUGUUUUACCCUCUGGACCCCAGGACAGUGUGAGUCAGCAUCAGAAUCCCUCUCAAUACACCACCACGGCUCUCAGCUCAGUGUAGUUUAAAGUCUGCAGACCUGCUGUGAGCUUAGCACAGUGCACUCUGGAACGCCUGGGUGGGUGAACUCAUAGAAAGGAUGAUUAUGCUUUGCAAAGCCAUGGCAGAUGGACUGCUGCUCACGUUGAGUCUUAUUCUGCUGGCAUGGGGAGUCCAGGGCCAGGGAAGCGUGACGGCAGUACCCGGCAGCACCCCCGUCCACCUCAGCCAGAACAGAGACAUCUGGAGGCCGUUGGUCCAUGCAACAGUCAACCUCAGCGACGUCAAAAGCAUCAAGUCGUCCUUUCAGGUGCGGACGUUUGACCCCGAGGGUGUCAUCUUCUACGGAGACACCAAGGAGGGAGAGGACUGGUUUGUUUUGUCCCUGAAUGAGGGCAUCCCUCUGAUGCAGAUUAGCCAGGAGGGCAUGUUCAUCAGUGUGGAAGGAGGCCCCAAACUCAAUGAUGGGAAGUGGCACACACUGGAAGUGAGCAACCAAGGAAUGUUUGUGAUUCUGGAAGUGGACGGCUCCAGUAAGGUGGUGGUUGGUAUGCAUUCCCAACCGAAAAGGAGGGUCAUGUUAGGGGAAAUGCGACUGGCUCUUGGCGGGAUCCUGAUCAACAAGGACAAGCUGCUGGUUCAGUUUGAGCCACACAUGGAUGGCUGUGUGCAGAAGGGCAGCUGGCUAGACCUCAACAUCCCCUGGGAGACAGAGAUGGGGGAGCUGUGGCCCUGCUAUGAAAACAUCAAGCCUGGCAGCUACUUCCCCGGCACUGGAUUUGCCAUUUUCAGCACCUCAGUUUUCCCUUUUGACACAAGUGUCAGUAUUGAAGUGCAGGGAGAUUUCAGUCAGCUGGAUGGGACCAUUUUUAGCUUUAAGGCUCCAGGGCAAGGCCUGACGGUCGCUUUGGUGGCCAAUAAUGACACAAAGAUGGUCACAUUCUCUUAUGGCGAAGAAAAGAUUACUAUGAAAAACACUUUAAAGAGACUGGUGAUAAGGUUUAAUGAUUUACUGGAAGUGUUUCAAGAACAUCCCAAGCUCACUGAUUUACAUGUCACUUCACUGAUGAAUCCUGGUGUCUUCGAUGCAUGGAAAAAUGGCCGUCUCGCCAUUGGAAGUCUCCUGGGUGAAGGUGAGGACGACGUCGGCUCCCACUUCCUGACAGGCUGUCUUGAGAAAAUCCAGGUCCAGGGGAAGGAUUUGGAUCUAGAUUUAGCUGGCAAACAAAAGUCAGUCUUCUCUCACAGUUGCCCUGCAUAGAAAGUGUACACAGAAAAUAAGUGGUAGAUGUUUUCAGUGGGUGUCCUUCUAAUCCGGCAGCUAAUUCUAAUUCCUUAUAUGAAUAUAGUACUUGUAUCAAUUGACCUAUGGAUCACAGUUUGGUGUAAAAUAUUAAUCUGUUUUUCAAUAGACAUCCUCAUGGACAAUUUUAACAGAAUAAACAGAUUCAUUUGGGAAAUGUGAGCCCCGACCA